AUGCCCUUGCAGUCCGUUGAAUUGCACACCCGCGAAACAGUCAAAACUCUGGUCGGGUAUAUGAUCGCCCAGGGCAAGUCCGAUUACCUCGGCGAACGUGUCACCCAACUCGAACAUUCUCUCCAAUGCGCCCACCUUGCGCGUAAGGAUCCCGUAUACGGCCAAGAUGACGAAAUAGUCAUCGCCGCCUUGCUCCACGACGUUGGUCGCUUCAUUCCAGCGGCCCAGAAGAUGGAUAAGAUGUACGCAGCCGACGGCGAAUAUCUUGGGCGGAUGAGCCAUGACGUUGUCGGCGAGUAUUACUUGCGUACUAUUGGUUUCAGUGAUAAAGUGGCUGAGUUGGUUGGCGCCCAUGUCAUGGCUAAGCGGUAUUUGACGGCCACUGACAAGGAUUAUUAUGACUGGUUGAGUGAGGCAAGCAAGAGGACGUUGGGAUACCAGGGGGGACCUUUCAAUGAAGCUCAGGUCAGAGAGGUGCAGAAAGACCCCUUGCUCGAAGCAAAGCUCGCCGUAAGACGGUGGGAUGAUUUGGCGAAGGUGCCAAAUAUUGAGGUUCCUGAUUUGUCAGCUUAUGAAGAGACAAUCUAUCAUUGUCUAUUAGAAUCACGCACCCAGUUCACUUUGCAUUCUAGACAAUACAACUUGCCCAUCCAACCAACGGUGGUGAUUUGUAUCGACGGCUUCGAUCCAGAGUAUCUCGAAUCAGGAAUUCUGCCAACAUUCAACCACUUCGUUGAGAAUGGCUUCCAUGCCACAGCAAAGAGCUGUAUGCCGUCCUUCACCAAUCCAAACAACGUGUCGAUCAUUACUGGUGCGCCACCGUCUAUCGGCAUUGCUGGUAACUUCUUUCUUGAUCGGGAAACGGGCAAGGAAACUAUGAUUACCGAUAGUCUCUUGAGAGGUUCUACCAUUCUGGAGCAAAUGUCUUGUCGUGGGGUGAGAGUGGCUGCAGUCACGCACAAGGAUAAGCUCCGGAAGAUAUUAGCCCAUGGUCUCAAAGGUGCAAUCUGUUUUUCUGCAGAAUGUGCUCGCGACUGUACCCUUGAGGAGAAUGGGAUCGAAAACGUCGAAGAAUGGAUUGGAAGACAAGCGCCGAGUCAAUACUCAGGAGACUUGUCUUUGUUUGUGCUCGAUGCUGGAAUCAAGCUCCUAGAGGAAGGAAAAUCUGAUUUCUUAUACCUCACUCUUUCCGACUAUAUUCAACAUAAAUAUCCACCAGGACCUGACGAAGCCGACGAGUUUAUGGGUGCGAUUGACGCACGUUUGCAAAAGCUGGCUUCCUUGGCUCCGAUUGUCGGUGUUACGGGCGAUCACGGCAUGAGCCGAAAGUCAAAUGCAGAUGGAGAACCAAACGUUCUGUUCCUGGAGGACAAACUGCAUGAAAAAUUCGGAGCUAGAUCAGCUCGCGUGAUCUGCCCCAUUACGGACCCUUUUGUUCGCCAUCACGGUGCUUUGGGGUCAUUUGUUCGAGUGUACCUCAAAGAUUUAACAACACUUGGUUCAACGCUCGCAUAUUGCAAAUCGCUUCCUGAAAUCGAAGUUGCGAUAACGGGCAAGGAAGCCGCAGAAAUCUACAAUAUGCCCCUAGAUCGUGAAGGGGACAUUGUGGUGGUAUCCAAGCCCGAGGCGGUGAUCGGCACACGGAAGUCAGAGCACGAUCUAUCAAAAGUGAGAGACUAUACUCUCCGGUCUCACGGUGGCCUAAGUGAGCAAGAUAUCCCCAUUAUCAUGAACAAACGAUUCAGCAAUGAAGCCAGGGCAGCAUCCGCAGCAAGAACUUGGAGAAAUUUUGACGUCUUUGAUCUCACGUUAAACUGGUCGAGGUGGUAG